AAUAGAAACUACAUCUCCUUAAAUCAGAAGUAUGAGUAGCAAGGUGUAUAUAUACACAUCGUGGAAAAAAUGCUGCUUCUAAAAAGACAAUUACUCUUUUCUUUCUACACAUACAUCAAAAGAAUGGGCCAAGACGCUUUAAGGUCAAUGACGACAUCCGUUACUUCUAACUCAGUCGCGGUGUUUAUAAUGCUGCUGAAAAGGCAUGUUCCUUUAUUGACCUUUUACCAACAUAACCAUCCCAAAACAAAGAUGUCACAAGAAGAACAAGUGGAUACUAUUAGUAAUAAUAGCACCGCAGUAGAUGUUACCACAAAAGAGUUUCAAUCUUCUGUUGAAGACCGCAAGAACUCAGUGCAUUCAUUUCGAGUUAUCGAAUCACAACAGGACUCAGAAUCAGAUAAAGAUUUGAUCAUUCAUUCCUUGCACGAGUCGUUGCAUAUUCACAAAGAAAUAUUAGAACGCAUCCAAAAUGAAAAGGAGGCUUACCAGAAACAAAUUGAGCAGGAAAGACUCAAAGAAAAGGAAAAUAUUGAAAAUUGGAAAGAGACGUCGGAACGCGUGUUACAGGAACAAAGUCAACAAUGUCAAGAAAUGGAAAUGAAUAUUUUGAAGCUUAAACAAGAACUGGAAACAAAGAAAGAAGAGUACUCUAAAUUAGAAGUAAAUUUCUAUUCGUAUGUAAAAACAAUUCGAGUCACCGAUGAUGAUUUAUCCACCAUUCAACCUGAAAUAUCACAUUUAUUAAGCCAGUUGAAUAACACUUGUAUGGGAUUAAAAUCAAAAAUGAAUCGUCAAGGUGGAACCGACUUUGUGUUUGAACAUUGGAGUGAUAAAGUUGAUUUAAUCAAGAAAUAUAUGUUACCAAAGGACAGUAAUGAUGGUCUAUUGGAUACAUCUUAUAUUACUUUGUUUGUUGAAAAAUACCUCAUCAAUACAUUGUUAACAAACGUCUUGGAUGUACCUAUUCAUCUCGGCAUAUCAAUCAACGAUGCAUUUAAAGAAUUGGAUGAUUGGAUGUCCAUACGAAACAAGGAAUGGUCAAAUAGAUUAAGACAGCAAAUAUGCUCUCUUGUAGUUCAACAACCAGGUGAUGAGGAAGAGCAAAUUCAGAAAGCAAAAGAUACACUGAUCGCUCAAAUUGUUUCUGUCUUGGAGUCUGUUUAUCCACCCUUAAAGAACGAUCCCAAAAAGAUUGAGAAUUUGAUUCAAAGGGCAUCCAAAUUGAACUUGGCUGUGAAGGGUCAAGAAAUUAAGAUUGAGCGUAUGCCAAUCGAGGAAGGCCUCACCAUUUUUGAUGCUGAAACAAUGAAAGCCACUGCCAAGGGUAAACCAAAUGGAAUUGUUUUUUUAGCAAUUACUCCUACAUUUAUCGCAAGAGAUGAAUUAGAUAAUGAACAUGGUUUUACCGUACCCGGCAAAGUCUUCUGUAUUGAAGACACAAACGAAUCAAGUCAGACACCAACAGAAGUUGCAUUUACCAUAGAUGAAGAUACCCCCAUGGAUGAUGUUGCUACCAGCGUUUCUUUUGAUGAUGCUGUAGCACCUCAAACUGAUGAAACAACAGUCGCUGAUGAAACUACAGUCUCUGAUAAUACGACUUCCAUAAAUAACGAUAAUAUAUCUGCAGAUGUAGAAACUAACGAUAAAGCCAUUAAAGAUACCGUUACUAAAGCUUAACUUUAUAAAUAAAUCAAGUUUUUUCUUUGA